AUGACUGCUUGUAGCACUGUAUCAACAUUUGGCAUCUUUGGGGCACUUCCCAUAUUGAGGAAAGAAGGCAAGGUGGUUGUUCCACUAUCAUCUUCCACUACUGAUUUAUUCUCAAGAUUUAAACAAAUUCUGAAGUUUGCAACUGAGAAGUUCAAAUCCAUCAUUGGGAUUCAUGGUCAGCAUCCUCCUACGAAUUUUGACGUAAUCAUUAGUUACAAACGGGACGACACACGUGAUUUCGUGAGCCAUCUCAAGGUUGCUCUUGAGCGGAGGGGGAUAAGAACAUUUGUUGAUUAUUUACUGGAUGAAGGAGAAGAGAUCCUGCCAGCGAUUGAAGAAGUGAUAAAGCAGUCAAAUAUUGCCAUUGUGGUUGUCUCUCAGAAUUUCCAUACCUCACCAUGGUGCCUCAAUGAGCUGGUGAAGAUCCUCGAAUGCCAAAAAAAGCGGGGUCUGAUCAUAUUUCCCAUUUUCUGGGGCAUUGAUGCAAGAGAGCUGCGAGAGCAGUCCGGUCCUUUUGUGGAGAAUAUUGGCCAAGGCGAAGAGGGUUUCAAGCAGGAGAAGCCACGCCAGGUCCAGAUAUGGAAAAACGCUUUGCGAGCACUGGGCAUGAUCAAUGGCUUUCCUGUUAGUGCCUGUUUGGAUAAAACUGAAGCUGAAUUGGUCGAGGACCUUGCGGACAAAAUCUCAGCCAAGCUGACGCGGUGGGUGUGAACGUUGCUUCCCAUCCAGCUGGUUAGUUUCAAUCUCAAGUUGAAGAUCCUAAGCGCAUAUGGAGGGGGGAAGGUUUUGCUGGAAGGUCUGAUGUAGUGUCGUUACAUUAUAGCAUUUAGAUUACUUUGGUCGUCUGGUGAUUUAUA